AUGACUCAAUCAGGACUGUGCAAGAAGUACAGUGUACAUGGCACUCCUGUCUUCCCAUCAAAGAAAGGGCCUCCUGCCAAAAACAAGCCAUUGCCAGUAAUUCUUGCUACUAGAUCUAAUACAAAAUUUGGGACAGAUCAAUGCAUCUCUUCAAAGUCUGGUGGAAAGAUGAGGCAUGAAAGAGAAAAACAUCAUCAGGCUGCAAGCAGGCCUCUAAAUAAUGACAGUGUGGAUAGUUACACCGCAAAGCUGUCUGAUGAUGCACUAGUUGGGAUCAAACUCCCACCCGUUAAGAUGCAGCCGUUGAUAACUUCAACUACUUCAAAUGUGGACAAGAAGUCGACAUUUGAUCAACAAUCAAGACGCUUUGUCUUCAGCCCUCCUGACAUCAUUUUAGAUGAUAAAAAUGGAGAUAAUUUGAAACACAAGAAAUUUGAUUUCAGCGAGCCCACUAACCUUGUUGGUUCAACAACAUCUUAUACACCUCCAUCACUGCCUUCAACAUCUCAUCUUGGUCAUUCUCAAGAAGAUAAGCCACCUCUUGCAAUCUCUUCUUCAUCAUUGCAACAUAGUCUGCCAGGCCCUAGCACAUUCACGCAGGCUGAUUUUUUCAAACAACCCCUCUCUCAAUCUUCUAAUUUCUGCAACCUUUCUACAAGUACUCACAUUACAAGGCAGACACCUCCAAAAAUCAACAUGAAAGCGUUCGUAGAAGAUGAAUUGAAGAGUAGUGGAGAUCAAAUGGAAAAGGAAAAACCAAUUGAAUCAUCAUCGAACAUGUCAUCUUCUACAUCUUCAUCUUCUGCAUCAUCAUUAUUCACAUCAUCUGUAUCAUCAUCAUCAUUUACAUCAUCAUCUACAUCAUCUUCUUCCUCGUGUGCACCAUCUUUUUCAUCUCCAAUCAGCAAAAACGUAACAACGGAUAGUAUUCCAUUAUCUGUUAUGUUCAAGCCACCAACUGACCAAUGGAAAUGCCCGAUGUGCUUUGUACUGAAUAGCAACAGUUUGGCUGCAUGUUCAUGCUGCGCAACCGCUAAACCUCAGUCCACUUUACUAGCAAAUUCCCCAGCACUGUGUACAGCGCCAACACUUGUGCCACCAGUUGUGUCACCAUCUUCCUUAGCACCACUGAAACCAAUCCCUCUGAAUGAGCUGUUCAAACCAUUGUCGUCUGACAAAUGGUCAUGUCCUACUUGCAUGGUAUCCAACAAGUUGUCUGACCUUGUGUGUUUGUGUUGUGGAGAGCAGAAGCCACCAUCAUCGUCUCUCACAUCUUCAUCAUCUCUCACAUCAACAACAUCGUCGUCUCUCACGUCAUCAACAUCUCUCACAUCAACAACAUCACCAUUUCUCCCAUCAACAUCAACAACUUCAACUCCUAAUCCUGCAUUGCCUACCACUUUCAAUACAACUUCAAACUGGAAUGGGACAAAUAUACAGCCCACAAAACCUGGUGACAUGUGGAUUUGUGCGGAAUGUUACGUAAAAAACAAAAGUUCGGACAUGACAUGUUUGGCGUGUGAGUCCAGAAAGCCAGGAAUGUCAAACAAUGAUGGUUCACUUGUGUCACAAGCUGAUGCCAAAACACAGCAAAUAACUAUCAACACAAAUGGAGGAUUCUCAUUCAAAGGAAAUCUUGGUGUUGAUGGUUCUGCACCAUUCAACCCUGCAAGUUUUGGAAGCAAUCUAGUAAAUAAUGUAAAAGAUAAGGAAAUUAAUCAAGUCACCUCCAGCAAAAUAACUGGUGGUUUCAAACCAUCUUUCCAGCAGACGAGUAAUUUACUAACGUCCAUGCCUUCAACCACCAACAAUAUUUUUGGGGGUUUUAAAUUCGGAUCUACAGCUCUACAAUCUCUCCCCCUUACAAACACCGUUGCAACAACUUCGGCUGCCAUUAUCUCCUCAUCAGCACCAACGUUAGUAUCUCCACCCAGCACAACCACAGUCUCAGGGGGCAGUGUUCUGUCUUUUGAAGCUAAAAAUGAAAUUCAAAAGUUUGGCUCCAUUGCAACGGUCACUACAAGUUCCACAGCGUUCCCGCUGUUUGUUUCUUCAGGGUCCAACUUGACUUCACUGACGACAACAACAACAGCUGCACCAUCUAGUAAUGUCUUUGGCAACUUUUCCAUCAAUUCUACAAAAUCUGACGCAAUUGCUAUUAAAUCAUUGUUUGCCGUCAAUUGCAAUGCAAUGCCAUCGUCUUCAGCUUCAUCUUCUAAUUUUGCAUCAAUAGUAACAACUGCUGUGCCUAAUAUUUUCAAGUUUGGUAACUCAUUAUCAACUGUGCCACCAUCUUUUGUUACAUCUUCGUUUUCAACACAACCGACAGUCACUUCCAACAAAACUUCUCUAGCAUUUGGAAGUAAUCAAUCAUCACAAGCGCAGCCCCAAUUCAAUUUUGGUUCAUUUGCAAAUUCACAACAGAACACUUUUGGUCAAUUAUCGUCAAGUGCAGUUGCUUCCUCAGCGCCCACACCAGUGUUCACCUUUGGACAGCAGAAUGCUGCAUCACUCUUCAACCAACCACAGCACACAGUUCCACCCGCUCAUCUCCAAAAUACUUCAUUUGUAUUCACAUCUAAAGAAAACACAACGAAUUUCUCUUUUAAUGCUGCCGCAAACAACAGUGUUUUUGGAGGAGGUGCAGCACAGGCAACUUUCUUUGGCACAAACAGGAAAAGCAUCAGUGAUGAUAUGAUGGCAGAUAAUGAUUCUGCUCUCAGCAGCAACAACAACAACCAACAACUACAACAACAACAGCAGCAGAACUCAAUUUUUGGAUCUUCCAACAUUAGUUCUGCUAACACGGGCUUCAACUUUGGAUCAUCAUUGCAAGCACCAGCGUUUGCUCCACAGCCGCCUGCCAUCUUCACAUUUGGACAGCCCCCACUACAGCCAGCCUGGAAUGAGCAACCAACCUUCAACUUUACUGGAUCAAAUAGCAUUGGCAACAUAUCAUUCAAUGCGGGGACAGCAUUGAAUGCAUCAGCAAGCUCCAACGUAUCCAACAGGGUCAUCAAAAAGGCUGCCAGGAGAACGACCAGGAGAUAGGAGUUGAUAUAUAUAUAUAUUAUGCAUUACGAAAAUUUUAUUAAAUGAUAACGUUUAUUUGGUUCUGUAGUAUUAAUUGUAAUAUCAAAGAUAAAUGUUGAUUGUCGUUAAGAACUUUAAUACAUUAGGUUUUUAAUUCAAAUUUUGUUGAUCAUAAUUUAUUUUAACGCAAAAUUGUGUAUGUAUGUGUACGUCAUUCGAUACAUAUGCCGACCUGAUGCUUGCGGUACUCCAUGCACGCUUUAACUUUUUUGUUUUGCUGAUUGCAUUUACCAUCAGAUUUGAUUUUAGGUGACUAACACGAAUUUUUUUGAUUAAUGAAGUA